AUGUCGUGGGAAGAAUUUUGGUACAACACCUCUUACCAAACAACAGCCCGGAUGUCCCCAUUUGAGGCAGUCUAUGGAAGAGAGCCGCCUACCAUUCGACGAUUCUUGCCAAGAGAGUGUCAAAUGGCAGCGGUGGCAGAUGUGUUGAGCAGUCGAGAUGUGAUGAUCAACCAUCUUAAGAAAAACCUGGAACAAGCCCAACAACAGAUGACCAAGUAUGCAAACAAGCGACGCAGGGCCUUGGUGUACGUAGUAGGCGAUCGUGUUUGUCUGAAGGUACGGCCCCAUCGACAGACAUCCGUAGCACGACGACCACAUCACAAGUUAGCUGCCCACUUCUACGGCCCUUUUGCAGUAGAAGGUAGGGUGGGCCAAGCAGCAUACAAGCUUACCUUACCACCAUCUAGCCGGAUUCACCCAGUAUUCCAUAUAUCUCAGUUGCGACGUGUGGUAGGGGAGCAUCCCGUGGCGUCAGAAUUACCAAACAGCUUGGAGUUGCCAGUAAGUCCACCCUUCGAACCCAACUCUAUUUAA